CACAGCAACAACUACAACAGACGAUUCGACCUUUGGCCGGUAGUCUUGUUUGGUUUUACCACUGCACGUUGUUGGAUCGUGGUUCAAGCCAACCGGGGAGGGAAGGGUUACUGAUGAUUUCGAUUUCGUCCGAGCAGAUGAAAUGCUGAAUGCGACAGGUCCCCCUACGACCCCAGAUCCAGGAUGCGAUAACCUAGCGGUCAGAUUAGAAUAUUGGGUCUAUGCCACUAUUCCAAUAUCGGUGGCAAUCAUAUUCAUAUUCGCAUUCUUUGAAGAAAGGGUAAAACUUUGGCCAACAUGCUGCUUUCAAAGGCCCGCAAUCCCCUAUCCGGUGAAUUUAGUGGAUUCGUACAACGAUCGCUGGUCGUUCGCCAGCGCGUUCUCCGUCAUGUCCACCAGCGUCCUGCAGCUGUUCUGGGGAGAUUGGAUCUUCGCUCCAGACCUGUCUGGUAUUCAUAACAUGCUCCGAGGAACCAUACUAAUAUUCGUUGGCUUGGCGAAUGUCUUGCUGAUAUCUCUGGUGUUCUAUCCGAUCCUUCUGUGCCUGAGAAUCAGAUCCACGCAUGGGCUUACUGGGAACUUCGUUGGUUUUUUGUACACUAAUAUCUGGCUUACCUAUAAUCUCUUGCUAAUAGUCCACUGCGGAAGAGGACAGGGUCUGUCCCGCAACACGAUUAUUGCCUUGACUGUGCCAGUGUAUAUUAACUACACCUUGCUGAACAUCGGUUUUGCCAUUGAACUCCUGAAGGCAAUAAGAAGGAACCUCUGCAAGGUGAAGAAUAUCACCGUACAUGCAGAAGAAGAGGAGGAUUAUUUUAAGAAGACGCACUAUUACGAACGGGUGAGGUUUCUCUUCAGUCCACCGAAGGAAGAGGAAGAAAAGGGACUACUGAAUCGAUUAAUCAGAAAGAUAUGGAUUGAUGCACCAGGUUUCCGAUAUUCCACACGCAGCGUCUGCACCAUGGUGUUGAGCACAAUCACAACCUACCAGAUUGGUUUGUUGUACAUCACCAUCGUGAAUUCACUUUGGGAUAUCCCAGACGAACUGUUGAAGGAAGAUGGUCUACUCUACCAGGCCUUCAGCCUCGUCAAUUCCACUAGCUACGUGAUGGAAGCCAGGGCGUUCUUCGACAUAGCUGAAGAUAUGUUUUGGAUUGCAUGUUACUUCGCCAUUGCGUUGGCAGUGCUGUACAACAUCCAUGUCCAAAUAUGUUACAGGGAACACACUCUAUUGCUAUGGAGGGGCGUGAAGGAUUUCUGCCCGAAGGAAAAGUUCAGCUUGCCUGCUCUAGUCGUGGCGAAUCUUCGCUAUUCUGGUUAUGCAAUUGCGUUUUCCGCAUGGGGUUUUGUCAUCACCCAAGUCGUCUCGUGGUUGUUGCUGUUCUUCGUGGCGUAUUUCAUUGUUCAUCAACUGCAGAUCCGCGUCCCCGGCGAAGAACUUUCCUGGCUCCUCUCAUUUCUAGAAGGAUAUUGGCUUACCUUCGUCAUGGGGUUCGUCUUCUAUUACCUUCAGGUCGCUAUCGCUAAUUUGACUUUCUUGCAGAAGGAAAAAGAAAAGGAGCGCGAGAAGGUGCACUUGAAUCUCAACAACAGACGGCUGUUUCAUUGGACCGUUUACAUCACCCUUUUCAUGAACGUCGUGGUGGGUUUGGUGUCCUGCCUCAUGCGGAUCAUCAAAGCGGUCUUCUUCGGCGUUCUUUUCAUCGGCAGAAUCGACAAGUGCACCUUAAUGAGAGGCUGGGAACUCUGGGAUCCAGGUUUCAAGUCCUAUCUAGGUUUUCUGCAGCUGGAGGUAGCCCACACACAUCCUGUUCUCAUCACGUUUUGCCAUUUCCUCUGGAAGUCCGUCGGCAAGGACAUGAGGGAACACAGGGUGCCACUUGUCUUCUGGAGACGGAAGCCGGCAAAGAUGGUUAAUGGCAGCAACGAGUUAAGCCUGGUAACCAGCUCGGGCCACUCCCGGAAAAAGCUAUGGCCUCGCAACAAGUGGUUCGUGGCGUUGACCCUGAUGCGGAACCGGGCGCUGACCGUGGACCGAAUGCGAAUCUCGCCCGAGCUGCAACGGGUCAAAGAGCAGCUGGAACGGGAGCGACGGGAGGCGCAGUCAAGAGGGAGUGACAAAACUGAUACAACGGAGCUGACGAUCGGCCUAGACGAACAAGAUGCAAAGAGCAUCCCCGUGGAAGAGGGCCGACUGCCGGCGGCCGACGAGGGCAAAAAAACGACAGUCGAUGCUGUGCGUAAAGGACAAGUCUCAAAUCAAGUCCCGACUGAGGCUGAAAUCUCGCGAGAUUCGGGCACCAUUUCUCCGGAGCCAAGCAGGCCGGCUGCGCGGCUUAGCACGGUGGCCUGGGAAGGACAAGCGGCAGCAGCAGAGCCCAAUCAUAACCCUGUUGUCUGAUGCUGCAGUACAGAGUGAAUAGCAGUUAGAGUCCGCAUACUGAAGUCACUAUGGGUGCCAUCAUUGAGGACCAUUGUUGCUGUGCGUCAAAUUAAAAAAAGUCUGAAAUCUUUAAUUUUUCAACUGUUAUUUUUAAGCACAUUUUAAUUAUUUUCGGUAGUAGGCCCAUAGCAAAUUCCAUUUCGUUAAUAUAUCGAGCAAUUACUUCUGGAAACGCGAAUUCCAUUGGGUCUAAUCUCAUUUAUUAGACAACUUCAUAAUGAUGGUCGUUCAGUUUUGCACAUAACAAUCAAUACCAAGUAUCGUAAACAUGACGUGAUUAGUAGUCAGGUGACCGGAUAUAAAUUAUCAUCGUUGUUUUUAUGAUUUAGAAGUGGACGUACAUGUAAUUGCAAACAAACAAGUUGAAUCGGGAAAUCCCUUUUUCUUUUACUUUCUAUGUAUUUCUAGGCUAUUUAUUGACGUCUCUUACCGAUCUGUUACCUUUUACUUGUACAAAAAGCUCGUUGUUACCAUUGAUUGAUGCCGUGCUCUUGUGUUCAUUUGUGCGUCAGCCCAAGACAAUUUAAGUGAUAUUUUGUUCCGUCCAAUGUUGUUUUUUUAAAGAGGAUAUCUCAAGAAAGACGCUUUGGUAAUUUACUGGUGGUUUUGUGUGGCGCGAUUUGCGUGAGUGAAGUGUGUUUAUCAAACAAGAUGUGGUACUAUACUACGGUAACUGUUUUCUGCAUAUAUGCCACCAUUGUACCAAUUUGGGAAUAAGACUAAAAGUCAUAUACGUCAGCUCA